AUGAGUCUUUCUUGGCUUCCAUGGCCUACUCGGCGUCUUCAUACGGCCGUUCAAAGCAAGUCAACAUGGGGAUAUGUGAUUUAUCGCACAUCGUACACUCCCGAGUCGGACGCUACAUUCCUCGGCAUUGUGGAUCUACUCAAUUCCUAUAUCAAACACGGUCUUUACUCGGAAUGCACCUCUUCACAAAGCAACACCUCCAGGCACACGGACCCGACGCCUUACCAUGAGAUUUGGGCCCGCCAUGAUCCGGUCAUUAUGGAUGACCCGUCUCAGUUCGAUGGUGCAUCUGCCGAUGCUAUCCAAGCACACUUCAAGUCUUGGACUCGUGCGCAAGAAAAGAGGGGUUGUUCUACUGCUUAUCGGAUGUGCAUGGUGCUUGACGAAAGGUCUUUGCGAGAAUUGGCAAAUUUCCCACCCCCCGGGGAGAAUCUGAAUGGCGAAAAACCAAUGCAUCCGAUCCAAUAUGUCACAGUCAUUGAGACCCAACCGGAUAGUGACGACGAAUUCGAUAGUUUCAUGGGUGGUUGA